CUUCCGUGUGAGGGAAGACGUUUGAAAUCCGAAACUCCUAUAAAACUUCAGGAAAACCCUGGAGAUAGAGCAGUUGACCUGAAACGGAUUCAUUUAAGAGAAGGGGAGCUAGGUUGUGCGGAUGGAGGCGUUUGAUAACAGCACGGCUUGCGCACACAGGCUGAGGAGGGCCAGCGGGGAGUCUGCGGGGUGCUUUUGGCAAGACCCGCUGGCGAUUGAAAUGAGCAACUCGGGCAAGAGCGUCAUCUCCCCGCGAAGCCGGACGAGGGCUGUUACGGUGGUGUACGUCGAGGUGGAAGACGCGUCCUUGCCUCACAUGGAGGAGAAUCUCUCGCUGGGGAGCUUGAAAGAAGCGUGCGCCGGGACCCACGCCGUCCUGACCGCUAUCCCGUUUGAGAGAAUUGCGCUGGGGGCGACGGAGGUGUUAGACAGUUUCUACAACGCAGACGUGGCUGUGGUGGAGAUGAGCGACUCCUUUUGCCAGCCCUCUCUCUUCUACCACCUGGGCGUGAGGGAGAGCUUCAGCAUGAGCAACAAUGUCAUCCUGUAUUGCAACAAGCAGCAGGCCGAUCUGCAGGCGCUGAAGGAGCAGUGUGGAAGCUACACCUUCAUCCCCUACAUGGUUUCUCCCCAGGGCAAAGUGUUUGCCUGUGACGUGGGCAUGAUGAAGUGUCUCUCCGAGUUUCUGCAGCCUAGUUUUAAGAUCGAGCCUCUUCUCACCCCCCUGGUCGACUGCCUGAUCAAGCUGCUGGACAGCGUACACAUCCACUCCUGUGAAUAUUUCCGGGAGACGAUUCAGCAUGACAUCCGUGUUGCGAGGGAGAGGUACAGUGGGAGUGAGCUGAGCCAAGAGCUGGGCAAGAUCCAGCAGCGUCUGGACAGCGUGGAGCUGCUGAGCGCCGACGUCGUCAUGAAUCUGCUGCUGUCCUACAGGGACGUCCAGGACUAUGAUGCCAUGAUAAAACUGGUUGAGACCUUGAACAGCCUACCAACCUGUGUUUUGGCUAUGCAGCUGAAUAUAAAAUUUCACUACGCUUUUGCACUAAACCGGAGGAACAGCCCUGGGGACAGACAGAAGGCCCUUGCGGUGAUUCUUCCUGUGGUGCAGUCAGAGGAGCGCGUGGCCUCUGACCUGUACUGCCUGUGUGGACGGAUCUAUAAGGACAUGUUCAUCAGCUCUGGGUUCACCGACCUCAGCAGCCGAGACCAGGCCAGCGACUGGUACAGUAGAGCAUUUAGAAGUGAGCCAACUCUGCACUCGGGAAUCAACAACGUCGUUCUUUUAAUGGCAGCAGGUCAUAAGUUUGAGACUUCGAUUGAACUCCGGAAAAUCGGGGUGAAGCUGAGCAGCCUUCUGGGCAGGAAGGGCAGCCUGGAGAAGAUGCAGUUUUACUGGGAUGUGGGGUUUUAUCUGGGAGCCAGCAUCCUAGCCAACGAGCACAAAAAAGUCAUCCCAGCCUCUGAAAAGCUAUACAAGCUGAAAGCCCCAAUAUGGUUUCUAGGGUCUGUCAUGGAGACGUACCUGAUGUUCAAACAAUUCUCUCACCCUCCUGAAGAGAAAUCUCCCAGUCAGGAGAUAGUGGACUUCUGGAUGAACUUUUUACUGCAGGCCUGCAAACCUUCAGUGAAGACUACCAGGUGCCCUGUUCUUAUCUUGGAGCCCAGUAAAGUAUUCCAGCCUGCCAUUGUGAGUUUGAGUGAGGAAGAAGAGAACAGGACUGUUCAGUUGGAGCAUGUCUCUCCUACAGACAAGAAAGGUCUGCACCACUGGCGUUUCCCAGCAUCUGCAAUUCGAGGAGUGAGUGUUUCGAAGUUUGAUGAGCGCUGCUGCUUCCUCUAUGUCCUGUACAACUCCGACGAUUUCCAGCUCUACUUUCCCAGUGAGCUGCACUGCAAAGGGUUUUGUGAAGUGGUGAACUCCUUUGUGGAGCAGAAUGAAUCGCAUCUGGAAGAUCCUGGCCUCUGCUCUGGGGGUGUACUGGAAUUUGCCUACGAAUACGACGAGUCCGGCCAGAAGGUGGUGCUGGGAAAAGGGACCUAUGGGGUGGUGUACGCCGGCAGGGAUCUGAGCAACCAGGUUCGAAUUGCCAUCAAAGAGAUCCCAGAGAAGGACAGCACGUACUCACAGCCCCUGCAUGAAGAGAUCGCCUUGCACAAGCGCCUGAAGCACAGAAACAUCGUUCGGUACCUGGGUUCUGUCAGCCAGGGUGGCUUCAUCAAAAUCUUCAUGGAGGAGGUCCCAGGAGGAAGUUUGUCCAUGCUGCUGCGAUCCAAGUGGGGGCCUUUGAAGGACAACGAACCCACCAUCAUCUUCUACACCCGACAGGUCCUGGAGGGGCUCCGCUAUCUCCAUGACAACCAGAUUGUUCACAGGGACAUUAAGGGUGAUAACGUGUUGAUAAACACCUACAACGGGGUACUGAAGAUUUCCGACUUCGGGACCUCGAAGAGGCUGGCUGGGAUCAACCCCUGCACGGAGACCUUCACAGGCACCCUGCAGUACAUGGCUCCAGAGAUCAUAGACCAGGGUCCUCGAGGCUAUGGAAAGCCAGCUGAUAUUUGGUCGCUGGGAUGCACCGUUAUUGAAAUGGCCACAGGGAAGCCCCCUUUUCACGAGCUGGGCAGUCCCCAAGCUGCCAUGUUUAAGGUCGGGAUGUUUAAAAUUCACCCCAGUGUGCCCGAAUGCAUGUCUGAAGAGGCCAAGGAGUUCAUGCUGCACUGUUUUGAGCCGGACCCUGACAAGAGAGCCACAGCCUCUGAGCUCCUCAUGGACCCCUUCCUCAAGGCGCACAGCCGGAAGAAAACCAAAACUGCCGCUGGCUCAUCCCAGACUGAAGCCGGAUCAGCAGGAGAUUAUCAGCGGAGCAUGUCUGUACCCAUAGCCACGCACUUGGGCGCCGGUGCCACCAAACAGCUUGACCUGUCCAGCUCCUUUGACCUGAGAAGGACCAGGCCUGCCCAGUGCGGAAGUAAUACUCCCACGAAUGCCACUGCCAGCUCCCCCGGCAACGGAUUUCUCAUGGUGCCAGAGGAGCAGCUGUAUGACAUGGGCAGCCCAUCCAAUCUGGGGGAGAAUGAGGGUCUGUACAUGCUGAGGAAGGACAGCGAGCGCAGGGCCACCCUGAAUCAGAUCCUCACGGAGGAUGUUAACAACGUGGUCAGCAACAUCCAGCUGUCCCUGAGCCAGAACCCUGAGUGGCCUCAGGUCACAGCAGAGCACAUCUGUCAGCUGAUCACCUCCCUGAGAGAGAACAUCCGCUGUCCCAACAGGAAGAACCUCACCAGCAACCUGAAGCAGCUCAGGAUGAGCCUCCUGUCAGCUGGCGUUCCACUCGGUCACCUGCAGGUGGUGCUGUUCAGCUUCCAAGACGCUGUCCGGAAGGUCCUGAAGAGACAGAACGUGAAGCCGCACUGGAUAUUUGCCCUGGAUAACCUGGUGAGGCAGGCUGUGCAGGACUCCAUCACUGUCCUCCUGCCAGAGCUGAGGCUCCAGCUGCAGUCUUCGUUUGAGACGGACGGACAGGAGUCGACGGGAGAGGAGAGCCCCCGAGCGGAGGAGCCGGGGAGGGCCGACUCCCGCAAGGAGCGGGAGGCGCCGGGAGCGCAGGCUUCGGGCUGGGCCUCCCUCAGCUCCCGCCUGGCAAGUGGGCUCCAGCACGGCAGCAGCUGCAGCCUGGCUGAGCGGCUGACGCAGCUGCGCGCGGAGACGAGCCGGCUGCUGGCCCAGCUAAAUGAGAAGGAGCAAGAGUACCUGGACCUGCUGAAGGAGUUGAUUUCAAGGAAAGAGAAGGAGAUUGAGGCUCUUAAAAUCAGAAAGUCCUCUUCCCCAGUAGAUAUACCUUCCAUCUCCCCUCAUCACCAAAACCAGAAAGCAGAUGCUGAGAGUACAGCAAUGAUCUGCUGGUUACGGUCCAUUCAGACUAAUGAAGACACCAUAGACAGGUUACUUGCUCAUGGGUUCACUCUGCAAAGCCUAUUGUAUAUUGCUUCAAGGGAUGACCUGAAAUACUCCGGGAUACGGGGUGGCAUGCUCUGUCGACUAUGGGCAGCAAUCUCGGCUCAAAGAAAAUCUCUGAUCAAGCACCAUCAAUGCCAAAACACUUUAUAGGGAAACACAACCCACUGACACUACCUCUGGGUGACGCUACCAUCUAGAGAGCCCCGAUUCAGCAAUACAGACUGAAAACUGCUGAGCACCAUUAAGACUGCUUUCAGACAUUUCCGAAGAGGAGAGUCCCCUAUGUUCCGAAAGAUGAUCCUGACAUUUGUUCCGUUUUGCUGGGCUUUAUUUAAAAAGAUUUAAGUAUUAUUUUCAUAACCAAACUGAAACUGGAAAUAAGAAACAGAAUCCUAAAAUAUCAGAACCACCUAAUUUCCUUUGGCAAGUAAGUUACCACGAAUCAAGGGCAAACCAAGUGGAAACUACCAGUACCUCCAAGAGACAUGGAGUCAAUUCUUUACACAAAGGUUUGUGGGACAACGUACCCAGCCACACUCCUGAAGCUGAGACCCGUGGCUUCUUUCAAGAAACAGCUGGAUGAGAUCCUGCCAUCCCAUUAGAAGAGUUUCUUGUGUUAGUAUGUUCUUUCCGGCUUUGUGAACAUAAACAUCGUGGUCCAUAUUGCUCUUAUGGAAAAUGCGCCUCCUUAAUGUUCAAUUAAUUCACCUGGAAAUGUGUAAAAAUGAAUUGUGUUGUUUUGCUCAUAGCAUAGAUUAGAUUUGUUUUUCCAGGCUCUUUGAAUGCAUUAAUGAAGCGGGUUACACACUAAAUCUUUGAAGAUCUGCAACUUUCCUUCUGUUGCCUGCUUUUUAAAGAGACUGACAACUGCCUAGGGCCCUGAUCAGAGGCCUUUCCCAGGAAAAAAGGGAUAUGAGAUGUUGAGCAGUGUUAAUUCCAAGAUUCUGACUCCUUUAAGUGCUGAAGGUUGUUCUAACAAAAAAUCUGGGAUUGAAAAUAUGUAUUGACUGUGACAAAAAUAAGUAUUAAGAUAAAAAUAGCCUCCUCAGCUUUAAUGCCAUUCUUUUAUUUAUGCAUUAAAUAAACACCGAUAUCUGACCAUAGGGGAUUUAGUCAAAAUUCCAUUUCAAUUUGAAAAGUGUUGCAUUUCUACAGGAUACUGAGUUUGAAGAGUUUAAAGACAGGUUUCUGUAAAGUUAUACCAGACAUUGCUUUCAGCACUGUAAAUACCAGUCAUUUUUAAUUCUCUGCUGGGUUGUAGUUGAUAGAGUAGAAGUGGCUCUGACCUCUGACUUUGAGUAUUUUACUUGCCUGUAAAAGAGGAUCAGUGUUACUUCACGAACACAUCCUGAAGUUGUACUGUAUGCAUUUAUAACUGAAACAAAUUUAAUGUAGAUAAACUGUAUCUCUUAUUGACUUGUUGCUGUGCAAUGCACAGAAUCUAAUCCAAAUACUUAAAUGUAGCAGGCUUUUUAAAAUUAAAUAUAUUUUGGUACUGGUUUUCUAUAAGAGUAUUAUAUUUAUUUUAAAAAAACUGGGUUUGGAAUUGUUCUCUCUUUGUGUGCUGCAUAUCUGUGAUUCUGCUUCCCACCUGCUUUGUGUUUUGUGCUUGGAAAAGGGAAAAUUGAUCCAAGCAGUUCAUUUGUAUUGUUAGAAAAAAAGUAGUAAAGAAUACCAGGCUUCACACCUCAAAUGCAUGUCAUGUAUUGCAUGUAAUGAGUAACUUCCCUGUAACAACAGAUAAUUUUAAUAAUAAAAAUGAUUAUUUUUGCACAUU